AGAAAUCAUCUGGGAAACAGUACUGAAUAUCAUGGAAACAGAUGGGAAGGAAUGCUUUAAAGGGGACAUUCAUGAGAGUCCUAACAGCAGUAAUCCGGAAAAUCAUAUGAGAAUACCUAGAGAAGAGAAACGCUUUAAAUGCCAUGUUUGCAGUUACUCAAGUAAUUUUAGCAAUGAUGUCAAAAAACAUAUACGAACACAUACAGGGGAAAGAUGUUUUACAUGUCAUGUUUGUGGUUUUAAAAGCAAUCAAAGCAGUAACUUAAAAAGACAUAUGGAAGUGCACGAAGGAGAGAAAUGCUAUAAAUGUGAAGUUUGCAGUUUCUCAAGUGAUUAUAGCAAGGAUCUGAAAAGGCAUAUGAAAUUACAUUUGGAACAGAAAAUCUUAAAAUGUGAGUUUUGUAGUUAUGUCUGCUCUCAGAACCACAGUUUGAAGAGACAUAUGUUAAGACAUACAGGAGAGAAAAGGUUUAAGUGUGAUUUGUGUAGCUUCACUAGUUACUGCAGCGGUCAUCUGAAAAGUCUUAUGAGAAUUCACAGAGAAGAGAAAUGUUUUAAAUGUGAUGUUUGCAGUUAUGAAACACAUUACCACAAUGAUCUGAAAAAACAUACCAAAAUACAUACAGGGGAGAAAUGCUACAAAUGUGGUGUUUGUGGUUUUGAAUUCAGUCAAAGUAGUAAUUUGCGAACACAUAUUAUGAAAGUGCACGAAGGAGAGAAAGUCUUUAAGUACGAUAUUUGCAGUUUUGCAUGUAAUUUUAGCAGUCAUAUGAAAAGGCAUAUGAGAAAGCAUACAGGAGAGAAAUGUUUUAAGUGUGAUGUUUGCAGUUAUGAAUGCAGUUUGAAAAGUAAUUUGACAACACAUAAGAAAAAGCAUGAAGUUGAGAAAUGCUUUAAGUGUGAAAUUUGUAGUUAUUCGUGUAAUCGUAACAGUAAUUUAAAGAUACAUAUGAGAAUUCAUUCAAUUGAAAAAUGUUUUAAGUGUGAUUUUUGUAACUACACAAGUAACUUUAGCAGUGGUUUGAAAAGGCAUGUUAGAAUUCAUGAAGGUGAGAAAUGUUUUAAGUGUGAUGUUUGUGGGUAUGCUAGUAAUUGUAUUGGUGGUCUGAAACGGCAUGUGAGAAUACAUACAGGUGAGAAAUGCUUUAAAUGUGAUAUAUGUGGUUUUCAGUGUAAUGAAGGUAGUAAUUUGAAAAGACAUAUGAAAAUACAUAAAUGAGACAAAUGUAUGCGAUAAAUGAUACUAAGUAUGCCAGUGUUUAAAUAGCAAACAACUGAAAAGUCAAAUGAGAACAAUAGAUACAACUAGAGGAAGUUAUUAUUGUAAAAGCAUAUAUUUUCGCUGGGUCAGAACUUUGCAAAUUUGAAUUUUUGAGUAUGUUAGCGAGGUUUUGUAUUCUCAAAAUUGUUAAAAUGGUAAUCUAUUUUAAUUUGAAUUAUACUAACAGUAAAUAUUUACAUGAG